CCUCUUCCCCUCCGUUGUCCAUCUCCUCUCUCCCCCUCACAUUUCACCUUCCAUCUUUUUUCACAGCCAUUUAUUAGAGAUUCCUCUACAUGGUCUUUUCUUCUCUUGUUCAUUGCGGUGUACAGAUUCCCAGUUGAUAAUACCCAUAAAAAAUCUCCUUUUUGCAUUUCUUAUUUGCUUCUUCUUCUUGCCGGGUGUUUGUUUCCUGUAUUUGGGUACCAUUUCAAUGUUUGCUCCUUCGUCUUUUCUGGGUUAAAGUUUUUAUUCUGCUUCACCAACUCCUCUCCGGGGAAAACACUCUUCUGGGUUCCGCUUUCAAGAAGAAAAAAAGCCGUCUUUUGCCCACUGCUGCCUUGUACUGCCCAUAUUCAGGCUUCCAAAACAACACACCAAUUUCUUUUUGUUUUGCAGAAUUCUGGGGAAGUUUCGAUAAUUUGGGUUUUCCUGUGAAUUGGUUUUCUGUUGGAAUUACUUCCUUCGAGAAGAGAGAGAGAGAGAGUGUGUGUGAGAGAGAGAGAGAGAGAGAGAGGGAAGGAGGAGAAAGUGAGGUAGAGAGUGACUUAUGGGGAAGCAAGGGCCCUGCUAUCACUGUGGAGUUACAAGCACACCACUUUGGCGCAAUGGACCCCCUGAAAAGCCGGUGUUGUGCAAUGCUUGUGGUUCUAGAUGGAGGACAAAGGGAACACUCGCAAACUAUACACCUCUUCACUCCCGGGCAGACCCUGAUGAUUAUGAUGAUCAGAGAGUUGCCAGACUGAAGAACAUAUCUCUUAAUAGAAACAAAGAGAUAAAACUUGUCAAAAGAAAGCCAAACCUUGAUGCCGGGGUGGUUGGAAGAAUGGCCUCUGAUUAUGUGCAGAGUAGCCAGAAUGUUAUGGAUGAAGAUGUAAGUAAUAGAUCGAGUUCAGGAUCAGCCAUAUCUAACUCUGAGAGCUGUGCUCAAUUUGGCAGCAUGGAUGCAAGUGAAUUGACUGGUCCAUCUCAAACAGUUGUCUGGGACUCAAUGGUACCUUCUAGAAAGAGAACAUGCGUGAAUCGUCCAAAACAAUCCCCAGUCGAGAAGCUUACUAAAGAUCUUUACACCAUCUUGCAUGAACAGCAGUCUUCUUGCUUUUCUGGUACGUCUGAAGAGGAAUUGCUUUUUGAGAGUGAAACUCCAAUGGUUUCUGUUGAGAUAGGACAUGGAAGUGUUCUCAUCCGGCAUCCUAGUGCAAUAGCUCGAGAUGAAGAGUCUGAGGCUAGCUCACUUUCGGUUGAGAACAAGUGCUACCCAGCAAAUGAAGCUUAUUCCCACCCCGCUAAUUUUAGUCAUGCGUAUAAUGGAAACAACAAGUACAUCAAGACUCUUGAUCCUGUGAUUGAGAAACCUGAGUACCUUCAGGGACAAGGAAUGCUACCGCAGGAACAGCUUAAUAGGGACAAGUCUCAGCAUGAGAAAGUGCAAAUUCUUGGACAUCAUAACUCACCCCUGUGUAAUAUUGAUCUGAAUUGUGUCCUUAACUUCGAGGAGUUUUCAAAACACUUGACGAGCGAAGAGCAGCAGCAGUUGCUCAAAUUUCUGCCUGCACCCGAUACUGGCAAACUUCAUGACAGCAUCAGAAGCAUGUUUGAUAGCCCUCAGUUCAAGGAGAACUUGUCUUCCUAUCAGCAACUUUUAGCAGAAGGGGUCUUUGAUCUAACCUUCUCAGGGGUAAAGACUGAAGAUUGUAAAACUCUCAAGAGACUCGCUUUAUGCAACCUCUCAAAGUCCAAAUGGGUUGAGCACUGUCAUCUACUCAAGAAAUGCAAAAACAGCCCUGGAAAGUUUCCUGCUGUACAGGAACCUAAUGUGGCAUCAAACUUUUCUACUACAGGCAAAAGACCACGUGAGAGCUCGAAGAUCCCAGAGGUGAAGAUGAUGAUGAGCCCGAAAAGGAGUUUAACCAAGGCAGGUUAUGAGAACACUAGUAGGGAAAUCAUGGACAACGAUGCAUCAUGCUUCAGCCCUAAGAGUCUAUUCGCGUUGCCUACUGAGGGAGGUGGAUCCUUCGUGCUGGACUCCCUCCAUUUCGUCGACGAGAGCUCUGAUCAAGACCUGCUACUGGACGUGCCGUCCAAUGGCUCUUUCCCGCAGGCAGAGCUGCUUCAUCCAGCUAUGAGUUUUGGCGGGCAGCAUGCAAGCACUAGUAGUAGCUCAGUGUACCCACAUCAUCUACUUCGUAAUCAUCCCUGAUAAAAAAACUUUAACACCAGGACUUAUAUAUAUAGAAAAUUCUAUAUGUGCAAUACUUUUUUGCCAAACAAACAAAUGAAACAAGUACUGAAAUGAGGCCUGGUGAUGGUUGCUUGCUCUUCACUCAACCCUUUUCCCCCUCUCUUCUGUGUUUUUGCCUCUUGAUCUCUAAUAGAACUCAGUCAAGGGGGAAACUUAGGUGGGGAAUGGGGUUCUUUUUUGUGUUUUUGUAUAGGUUGAGAAGAUAUAUUGUAAAAUAUAGAUGGGUAAGAAGAAAAGAUGCAACCUAUU